GGCAACACGGGGCGAGGGGAGAUUAACACAGUUUGAUUUAUCUUUACUGAGUAGAUUUAUGGUUGGUAUUGAAUUACUAGUCACUUAAAAUAUCUUUAUUGUGAUCAUACUACAAAAUGUUGCAGGCUUCUCUCAAAGCAGUACAAAACAAAGAUAUGGACCAGUUGAGCAAAAAAGACAAUGUUACCUACAAGCGGUGGAGUAAUCAUGAAGUGAGAAUAAGGGGUGAGGUGGAUCUGUUGGGUCACAGUGAUGGGGACCAGGGCACAGAAAAUGAGUUCUGCACUAUAGCCUCAUCAAGGGUGGACUCAGAGGGAAAAAAAUCUGCAACCAUGUCUGGAUUUGAUCAAAAUGAAGAAACCUAUACAGUGGACGAAGCUCUGGAGACGAUCGGCUUUGGAAAGUUUCAGUGGAAGAUGUCUGUCGUAACAGGACUGUCAUGGGUAGCAGACGCCAUGGAGAUGAUGAUCCUCUGUAUAUUAUCCCCCCAGCUGCACUGCGAGUGGAAGCUACCCGGCUACCAGGUGGCUCUCAUAACAUCGGUAGUGUUUGCAGGAAUGGGUGUCGGUUCACCUUUAUGGGGCAAUGUGUCCGAUACGUAUGGCAGGAAAUCAGGUCUGACGCUGUGUAUCUGCUGGGCUCUGAUCUAUGGCGUGUUGAGUGCCUUUGCACCUGUGUACGGCUGGCUCUUGUUCCUGCGGGGCCUUGUAGGCUUUGGCAUUGGGGGAGCUCCUCAGUCGGUGACACUCUACUCUGAAUUCCUUCCAGUGAAGUCAAGAGGCACCUGCAUCACGCUGAUUGGGGCAUUCUGGGCAAUUGGUUCUGUGUUCGAGGUCCUCCUGGCUCUGUUGAUAAUGCCCACCCUGGGAUGGAGGUGGCUGCUCUUCUUUUCCAGUGUACCGUUGGCAAUCUUUCUUUGCUUCUGCUAUUGGCUUCCUGAAAGUGCUCGCUUUCAUCUUCUGACGGGAAAAACCGAGAAGGCCAUGGCGACUUUAGCACGCAUUGCCAAAGACAAUGACAAGCCAAUGCCUAAAGGGAAGCUUGUCGGCCAUAAACAGACUGAGCGUGGAAGGAUUAAAGAUCUCUUCACUCCUAAGUAUCGGAGGACUACUCUGCUUCUUUGGUUUAUAUGGUUUGCCAAUGCCUUCUCCUACUACGGGAUAGUACUGUUGACAACUGAACUAUUCCAAGCUGGACAGCCAUGUACAGCAAUUCAAGGUGCCAAGAUUGAACCAAGCUGUAGUCUUGAAUGCAAAUAUUUGACAUCAGGUGACUACAAAGACCUUUUAUGGACGACCCUGGCUGAAUUCCCAGGUAUUUUAUUUAUCCUCCUUGCAAUUGACCGUAUUGGCAGAAAGAAGAGCCUUGCUCUGUGUUUCUUCAUGUUUUCUUUGUGCAUGCUGCCCUUAUUUGCUUGUAUCGGGAGGAUGUUUGUUAUGGUCUGCAUAUUUAUUGCCAGAGCCUUCAUCUCUGGAGGAUUUCAAGUUGCUUUUGUUUACACACCAGAGGUGUAUCCGACAGAAACGAGAGCCUUAGCAAUGGGGACUUCCAGUGCGGUAAGCAGGGUGGGUGCCCUGAUUACCCCCUUUGUCGCACAGGUGAUGCUCAGACAAUCCGUGAAUGCGACCUUGUCGUUUUACUUCAUCUUCUGUCUGCUGGGCGGCGUUGCAUCCUUGCUCCUGCCCAUUGAGACAUUGGGCCGGGGUCUGCAGGAGUCCUGUCUUGAUCAGGAGGCAGAACAACAGACAGCCACAAACAAAUAAUACAGCACACUCCCUUAACCAGAGGUAGAAGAUGUGGACGCAAUGAAGAGAAAAUGUAAAACUAAAUGACAUUUUGUCCACUCCCAGAUGCUGCAGAUGCCACAGUUUCCUGAGAUUUGAAUCCUGUAUGUGAUUAUGCAUAAACAACAUGCAAACAAGAGGGGGACAAUCUCAUUAUGAGCACAGAGUGAUAAUUGAGGGUAGGCCCACUUCCUAUGUCAAAUGAGAGUGGAAGCACACUUGAGCUUGGACUGGUUUGUUAAGAUUCCCCCUACAUUAAGGCCAUGAGAAGCAGCAGAGGGACGUCAUGAACGAUGAUGAGGUUCUGUUUAGCUGCACAUUUGAAGCCUGGACCACAUUCUCAAUAACAAAUCUUCUAUUUAUUUAUAUAAAAAGCCAGGGGGGCUUUUUCUUAUUGAAGUUGUUUAUUAUGAUUAAAUUGUAUUUUCUGAGGGAAACUCUGUUGUAAUUUGUACAAUAAAACUUAGUUGUUUUGUUA